GCGGCGCAGAGCGGGCGCGCAGGGGGCAGCAGCGCGGCCAUGACGGCGGACAAGGCGCUGCCGCUGGGCAACGGGCAGGCGGCCGAGGAGGCGCGGGAGGCCGGGGCGCCGGGGGGCUGCGCGGUGGCGGCGGCGGCGGCGGCGGCGACGCGGGCCCCACGCGACAAGGCGGUGCACGAGCGCGGCCACUGGAACAACAAGGUGGAGUUCGUGCUGAGCGUGGCGGGCGAGAUCAUCGGGCUGGGCAACGUGUGGCGCUUCCCCUACCUGUGCUACAAGAACGGAGGAGGGGCCUUCCUGAUUCCCUACGUGGUGUUUUUCAUCUGCUGUGGGAUCCCCGUGUUCUUCCUGGAAACGGCUCUCGGCCAGUUCACCAGCGAGGGCGGCAUCACCUGCUGGAGGAAGGUCUGCCCUUUGUUUGAAGGGAUCGGCUAUGCCACGCAGGUGAUCGAGGCGCACCUCAAUGUCUACUACAUCAUCAUCCUGGCCUGGGCCAUCUUCUACCUGAGCAACUGCUUCACCACCGAGCUGCCCUGGGCCACGUGCGGCCACGAGUGGAACACAGAGCGCUGUGUGGAGUUCCAGAAGCUGAACGCCAGCAACCACAGCCACGUGGCCCUGCAGAACGCCACCUCCCCAGUCAUGGAGUUUUGGGAGCGCCGCGUGCUGGCCAUCUCGGACGGGAUAGAGCACAUCGGGGAGCUCCGUGGGGAGCUGGCCCUGUGUCUGCUGGCCGCCUGGACCGUCUGCUACUUCUGCAUCUGGAAGGGGACCAAGUCCACGGGCAAGGUCGUGUAUGUCACCGCCACCUUCCCCUACAUCAUGCUGCUCGUCCUGCUGAUCCGAGGGGUGACGCUGCCCGGCGCCUCGGAGGGCAUCAAGUUCUACCUGUACCCCGACCUCUCCCGGCUGUCCGACCCCCAGGUGUGGGUGGACGCCGGCACGCAGAUCUUCUUCUCCUACGCCAUCUGCCUGGGCUGCCUGACGGCGCUCGGGAGCUACAACAACUACAACAACAACUGCUACAGGGACUGCAUCAUGCUCUGCUGUCUGAACAGCGGCACCAGCUUUGUGGCCGGCUUCGCCAUCUUCUCAGUCCUGGGCUUCAUGGCGUACGAGCAGGGGGUGCCCAUCGCGGAGGUGGCCGAGUCGGGCCCCGGCCUGGCCUUCAUCGCCUACCCCAAGGCCGUCACCAUGAUGCCGCUGUCCCCGCUGUGGGCGACCCUCUUCUUCAUGAUGCUCAUCUUCCUGGGGCUGGACAGCCAGUUCGUGUGCGUGGAGAGCCUGGUGACGGCCGUGGUGGACAUGUACCCCGAGGUGUUCCGCAGGGGCUACCGGCGGGAGCUGCUCAUCCUGGCCCUGUCCGUCGUGUCCUACUUCCUGGGCCUCGUCAUGCUGACGGAGGGCGGCAUGUACAUCUUCCAGCUCUUUGACUCGUACGCGGCCAGCGGUAUGUGCCUCCUGUUCGUGGCCAUCUUUGAGUGCGUCUGCAUCGGCUGGGUGUACGGCAGCAACCGCUUCUACGACAACAUCGAGGACAUGAUUGGCUACCGGCCGCUGUCGCUCAUCAAGUGGUGCUGGAAGGUGGUGACCCCGGGGAUCUGUGCGGGCAUCUUCAUCUUCUUCCUGGUCAAGUACAAACCCCUCAAGUACAACAACGUCUACACGUACCCAGCCUGGGGCUACGGCAUCGGCUGGCUCAUGGCCCUGUCCUCCAUGCUCUGCAUCCCGCUCUGGGUCUGCCUCAAGCUGUGGAAGACGGAAGGCAGCCUGGCGGAGAAAUUCCGGAAGCUGACGGUCCCCAGCGCCGACCUGAAGAUGCGCGGCAGACCCGGGGCCGGGCCGCGGACGGUGACGGUGAACGACUGUGAAGCCAAACUCAAGGGCGACGGGGCGAUCGCGGCCAUCACAGAGAAGGAGACGCGCUUCUGAGCCCACCCCGGGCCCGGGCCCGCGCCCCGUGCCCCUAACCGUAGCCCCGCGCCCCGCAGGGGCAUUAACCAGCUAACCACGGCGUCACCAGUCAGUGCUCACCGAGUCCCGGCGCUUCCGGCGGCGGGAGAACGGCAGAGCCAGGCUGAACCUGUGCCUCCGGGCCCCGGACACCUGGUCUCGGCGGGACCGUCCACCCCGUCCACACGAGACCUCCUCCCUGGCCCCCCACCUUCACCAUGACCCCUGACCUCCACCACAACCUCUGACCUCGCCACGGCCUCUGGCCUUUAUCUUGAUCCCUGACCUCCACUGUUACCCUUGACCUUCACCACAACCCCUGACCUUCACCAUGACCCCUGACCUUCACCAUGACCCCUGACCUUCACCACGACCGCUCCUGCAUGUCCUCAUGGGGCUGCGGCUCCGGCUUCCCUCCCACCCGCUCUCAGCACCGCCCGGGAGAGAAGCUCCGGGGUGUGGGCCCCGCCCGUGACCCGGGCCUCCCUAUCGGAACCCCUCACGGGCGCGCGGGGCCCCAUCUCGCCCCGGGUCCUUCUGGCUGCACCUCCAGCUGACCGGGCCCCCCCUUCCUGCACCUCAAGGUCAGCAGAGCACCCGUGGCGCCGACCCUGGGCUCCCCCUGUCCGGCUCUGCGGGGGGAUUCAAGGCCCCGGCCCCCGGUGUGUGGGCCUGACCCGCCCCGCCCCCCCAGUCACCAGCAGCACCUUCCAGAAGGCUCCUGACGGCCCCUCUCUCAGCCCUGACGCCGGAGGGGACGGGGCUCGUACCCCAGACCACCCUCCCGUCCUGCUAGGAUUCAGGGGACUUCCCUGCCCGUCCUGGCUAGUGGCCGGAAACGCAGGUUUAUUGUCCUGGAUGGAUUCGCCCCGCCCCCGCCUCUCUGCCCUGCCCCUCCCCCUGGGAACCUGCAUUCUCCGGAGGGCGCCCGCACCCCCGGGGCAGGACAGAGACCCUCUUUUGUAUACAUAGCCCACACCUGCCCGUCCUCGUGGCUCCGCGGGAAACAGCCCCUCCCCCACCAAAAAAGAAACUUGUCUGUCCCCCGUGGGUGCAGCCAGACCCCGGGGACCCUCUGCUGCUACAGGCUCCCCUCAGCCCCC